AUGGGCUCGGCAUCUUCGGUUGGCUCACCACUUGGCGAUGAAUCAUCAGCAGCUAGUCCCAUGCCUCAGAAUGACACUCGUCAUUUUCUGACAGACACCACUGCGCCGAUGGAUUGUCAACUUUCGCUUGAUGUGUCACAUUCAUGGGAUGACGUUACCGAGUUUCUUAUGUCAGAGGGGUUUCCGGUGGAUUCGCCUAAUUCUCAGGUUACACCAACAUAA